GAUUAAAUGCAUGUUUGAGUACCGAAAGGUACCGAACCAUUUUUAAUAUCAUUCGUUCGUUGGUUCAGACUAAACUUCUUAUAGAUUUUGCUUCGUGCGAACACGUGCACCGCGUGUCUUGUAAUUAUAAAUAACGACAUUGAUAAAUAAUGACCGAUCGAUUGAUUUUGCAGGUCGAGGACGGAUUCGGUGAGAUCGAAGUCGCCUUUGACGGCGUCGCCAGCGUCGCCUGGGCCACUGUCCAAUUCCUUGCACGGAAGCUUUCACGGUAGCUUAGGAAGCGAUGGCAUGUCUUGCAGCAGCGCCAGGUCAUCCUCAGCCUCCCCUGACUCCGCGAGAUACUCGUCGACCCCGAUAUCAAAGACUGACACGCGUAAACCGUCUGUGCGCAGAUUGGGUCCUCCCAAGGAAUUCAUCAACGUUUGCCUCGAGACGCACAACUUGUACCGAUCCAGGCACGGAGUGCCACCCCUUCGCCUCAACAAGCAGUUAUGUAAAACGAGUCAGGACUGGGCCAACAUCCUGGCGGCUAGGGGUAGGCUAGAGCAUAGAGCGAAUAUAGAUUAUGGGGAAAAUUUAUAUUGCAUGUGGAGCUCCAAUCCGAAGAGCAUCGUGGGCGGCGACGAACCUGUAAACGAAUGGCAAGUAUAUUUUAUAUACACGGUGAGCCAGAAAUCGUAGUACAACCAGGCAGGGGAUGAAUGACAGAAAUUUGUAAUUUUUUAUAAUUGUUAGUAACAAAGUUUGACAGUAAUAAUUUCAAUCAUAUACCACCAAAAAUGGCAGAUAUCUACGUACUAUUCACCAGCAGUGUAUAUUGCAUUAACACUAGAAAGUCUGAAACUUA